ACUAAUCCUGUUGCUCGACAUUUCACUGAAUUAAGCCUCACAUCUCAGUUUUGUAUUUUAUGAUGACAGAGUGAUUAAUGCACGCAAACAAGUCAAUUGAAAAACAAGAGAAGUAUUUUGGGAUUUUUAUGUUUGUUUCAAGAAAGCAUGAAGGAGGAUUUGUCGGUUUGUAUUAUGUUUUUUCUCAAAGAUUGUACAGACCCUCAUUUAUGUGGUUUAAUAACUAGUUCUUGUUUUACCUUGUUUGAAGAAAAUCAAUCAAGCAAUCAAUAAUUUAAUCAAUCAAUCAAUGACGGUUGAAUAUGUGAGGAGGCAUGCGUCUAAUCCAUGAUCAGAUUAUAAUUCAAUAUUUUGAGCAACUGAAUAAAUGUGUGUUUAGACUCUGUUGUUAUUUUUCAUAAAUGUGCAGCAGGGCCAUGUACCAAACGCAUCAUGCAAGUAUAAGGAACUAAUAUCUAAUGGAAACCCCGAGGUAAAGUGCGCAUGCGUGCUGCUGUCAGGGAUUUCCCUGACAGCUCGAGUGGUUUAUAUCUGUGAGAAUGUGAGGGAUGAUAUCUGUGUAACAGUGAGCGGCUCUCUGACAGCAGCUGUACGGGAAUGAAACAAAGAGCAUUGCAAACAGGUGAUGACUGUUAAAAACUUCAACAUGCAGAGAGUGGUCCAGCUGGUCCAGCUGGUGCAGAUGGCAGCGCAGAAGAGCUGCACAAGAGCCCUUGAGCUCUUCUGCUUGCCUUUAGACACAAUGCUGUGUGAGAAUGUCAACUGCUGCCCUGGUCAAAACCAUCAGCAGAACGAGGAUAAAACUACACAAGUGGCACUCCCAAGUCCGCCGUCAACCAUCAUGAUUGUAAACAUCAGCAACUCAACCCUGAUCGACUGCGUCAUAGGUAACGACACCUAUAAAACUGGUGUGGCAGAAAGGCAGUCUUUAAUGCAGGAACCUGAGCUCCACAUGCAUGAUCAGAGUUGCAGCUGCAACCAUGGAGAGCAGGGGACAGAGCACAGUUCUCCUUUACCUGCUCCUCUCCCUCACUGUCCUGUUUCCCCAGAGGAGCCUCCGAACAUCAACAUCCAGAGCUCCCACCUCAACUGUGUCAUCAUCGGAGACAACAACUACAUGCAUGCUGAGCAGAUCCACCAGUGUGAUGCUUUGACAGAGAAUACUCACAGUUAAAAAGCUGGAACCAGAGCAUUUUCAGCCUUUUUUUAGAACAAAAUAACAUUUGACAAAAUUUGUCAUGUAUUGUUUUCAUAUUUUCUGUUAGAUAGAGGAAUCGAUAAACCGACAAACAUUACAAUACAUUACAUUUCCAUUUAGAGUGACAUCAGUGUAAGGAUCCAGCACGAAGUCUUUGCUCUGGUUUUGAUGUGACUUGAAAGAGUCAAAGCAGAUGUCCAAGUGUUGUAAGGCGGCUGGUUCGCACAAACAUCAGCUCCCCCAAGCAUAAUUAUUAAAUAAUCCUCUUCCUGUUUUGUAAUAUCAGAUAUUCUGCUCCUCUGUCGGACACAAGGACAUUAAACUGAGAGCAGUGGGAAAUUUCACUUCUUAAUUUCCCACAUAGUUCUAAUGAGUCAUCUCUUUGUGACCUAAUGUACUUAAUUUAUUUUAUAAUGUGUAACUGCAUUGAUAAAUAGUAUUGAAAUACUGUGACUAAAUCCUUAUCAUAUCAUGAUAAAGGUGUUGACGAUAAAAUGUAUGACCUAUGGUCAUUAACAGUCGACUACUUAGUAGUUUUUUUUGUUUUGAUUUCUUGCAUUUUUAUGUUUGAUAUUAUUUAUGUAAUAAAAAGUGUUUGAUCUUGCUCAGGUUAUACACUAACAAAAAGUCUGUACUCAGGACUGUGAAUCAAUAUGCUACCAUUGUGCCUGUUGGUACUUUCUUAUACAGUAAUGAUGAUAUGAUGUUGAUAUGUUCUAGUGUACCACUGAAUGUUUUUAUUUGUUACAGGUUUGAAAUUAGCAAAAAUAAAUGUUUAAUAUAACUA